GGGUUUCUUUGUGCAGUAGCAGGUUGACACGUUCCAGUGCUGGUAGAUGAGUGUAGGAGAAUGCCUAGACAUAGCCCUUAUGUCCAUACCGUGAUACGCUUCCAGAGCAAUUAAGCAUAUCUGUAGACCCUUCUAGACUUCUAUAUGUCCCAUCACGUCCUGCAUAUGGGAUAGAUAAUCGCUCACGGCAUAUCCCAAACAUCUACCAAAGUCAUGAACUUCAAUGUAACAGCAUAGCUAUAUAAGCCCUUUCAUCACGAGAUGGCCCCCCCUUAUACAAUGAAAGAAUCACCAUCCCAUCCCAUCCAACCCAACCCAGCCCUCAUUCCCUAACUACCCACUCGAUAUGACUACCACCACCACCACCCUCUCCCUCCUCGUCUUCCACGGCUCCCCCCUCGACUUCAUCAAAUACCGGCACGCCGUACUCCUCCUCACCACAUACCCCGACAACCAACAAAGCAUGUUCCACAUCACGGGGCCCCCCGGCGAAUUCAAGUUCGUUGAGGUAACCGGGACGAAUCCCACGCAGAGCGCGAAACUAGAGCGGAAUAUCCCCGUCGUAUCGACGGUAAGUGGUGAUAAAAACUCUACUACUACUACUAUCUCUAGGAAGAUGGUCAGGGAUGCGUGCGCUAGGGUUAAAGUGCGGAAUGAUCUCCCCGGGUGGAAUUGUCAGAAUUGGGUGGGCGAGGCUUUGUCGGAGUUAGUCAAGAUUGGGUGUUGUACGGAGGUGCAGAGGGGGUUGGCUGUUGAUGGGAUGGUGGAUGCGUGUUUGGAGGCGAGGGAUGAGAGGUUUGCUUAAUUUCUUUUCUUUCAUUUUUUUUUUUUUU